ACUCUGCCAGGUUCGCCACUUAGUCGUUCGCGAAUUUCGGACUACUUUAAAGCUGCUGAAAGUCUUCAAAAUGCGCAACACCGAUUUUUGUGCUCUUUGGACGCUUCUGCUGGUCGCAGCCGCAUCCGCUCAACUAUCGAGUGUCUGCCUCUAUGAGCCGGACGGAACCCGACUGCCUGUGGUCACCCACUGCGGUCGCUUUGCGGUAUGCCAACAUGGAGAAGUGGCUGCCAUCGGCAGCUGCCCCCGCGGUCUUCACUUCAAUCGUGAACUGGCCGAGUGCGAUUUCCAGUGGCGGGCCAACUGCUUGGGCUUGUCGCCAUUCGCAGUUGCUGACGCCAGGGCUGAUGCAGACUGCACCUGCACUUGUUGCGCCGAUGAAUGUCCGGACACUGACGAGGAUGGGCCUGGUCUGACCACGUUGGUAACAGAGCCUUGCGACACGGAGUCGUCAACCACAGAACCAGUCGUCACAAGCUCUAUAAACCCCACAGUACCGGAUGAGCCCACGGAUGGUGUCUCCGAUGAGACUGCAGAAUCCAAUGAGACCACAACCGAUGAGACCACAACCGACACGAACAAUGCCGUCGACACCACUCCGUCCGUUCCAUCCGGUGUGCCCACCUACUGCGCCAGCCAGCGCGAUGAGUGCGCCAACGAGAGCAGCAAUGCCAAGCUGCAAAUUCCCGGAGAGUGCGGAAAGUACAUCCAGUGCAGUAAUAAAUGCGUUUACGAGAUCAGUUGUCCCUCCGGACUAUACUUCAACUCCACUAACGGGAACUGUGAUUACCCAUGGAACGUGGAUUGCACACCAGCGUACGUCGCGGACUCCCCAGAGGAUAUUGAGGGACCCUCGGGCACGACCUGUUCAAGUCAGGGCGUUUGUGCGGGCAAGCGUGACGGCACGUUGCUCGCCGAUCCCGACACUAAUGGAUACUUCGUGUGCCAAUGCCAGUGCCCCAUCGCCAUGCCCUGCGACGAGUACACCAAAUUCAAUCAGACUGCUCAGGUCUGCGAUUGGGACUGGAGCGCCGAGUCUACUGCGGUUAUCUGUCCCGAAGGUCUCGUCUACAACGCCACCUCAGAGGUGUGCGAUUAUCCUGAGGGAUAUGUUCCGAAAGUCGCCUGCAACAGCACCAGCACAGUGUGCCAGGGCGAGGAAGAAGGAGCCCUUUUCCCGGUCGAUGGGGUGUGUAAUAAGUUCUACAAGUGCAACUACAAUUGUGCCGUUGAGCAGCUGUGCCCAAACAACUUGAUCUUUGACGCCAACACUACGAUCUGCGACUAUCCACAAAACGUGGAGUGUCAGUGGCCACAUACGCCGCCGUCAGGACCAAACGCCGGACCCUCGGGAAUCGCUUGCGAGACCAACGGCCGCUGCCUGAACGCUCGGGAGGGCACCUAUUUGCCAUCCGAGACCAGUUGCAAUGGGUACGUCAUCUGCCAGUGCGAGUGCGAGGUCGAGUUGGCGUGUCCCGAUGGCUUGUACUGGGACCAGGACCUAUUGACCUGCAACUACAGCGUCAACGUCAAAUGUAGUCUAUAGCUUAAAGUCGUCCAAUAAAAUAUAUAAUUUUUAUGGCAACCGAAUGGGCUGCGGUCCCUCGGCCCCUCGGCCCCUCUGC